CCAAUAAGCGCUCACACAUUCACUGUAGGUUUGACGUCAGAGCCUACAGCUGGAGCCGAGUGUUUCGCGCAUGCGUAUUCCUGAAUAGGCUGGACGGCGUCUGUUUGUUUGGACUAUCGAUGCUGGGAGUUUUGGACGACUCUCCUGCACACUGUAAACGAUUAAAAGUCUUUUCUAAACUGUUCGCUGAUGCUUUGACGUUUUCAUAACAGUUAAGGAUUCACCUUAGCGUAUAUUUUACCUUUUCUAAGGAAGGGAAACCGCGAGCUUCUGUAUAUAAACAAAAAAGGCUGCGAGCUGCUUUUUUUUAAGGUGGCAGGUCGAGGACUUAACUGCGACGAUUCUGUUGUAAUCGUUUUUUCAAGUUUAGUUGAUUCGACGUGGCUGUCAGAGACAUGAAGAGGAGCAGGGUACUUCGUUAGGAGGUAAAACUCCUAAAACAUCCAAGCCGCUGAACAUGAGAGGAGAGGAGGACAGCUUGUUGUGUGGAAGGCAGCCCAUGGCCAGUGAAAGACGGGGUGAAGCUCCCUGUUACUGCCGCCGCCGCUGCUGCUUCACACCUGCUGACAGCCAGGCUAAACCCAGGCCUCUUGCUUUCUCUAGUCUUCAUCAGCAUUUUUCCAGACCCUAGUGGGAAAUUUUACGGAAAUUUUGGCCACGAACAUGGAGACGGUUGGAAAAUUUGAGUUCAGUCGGAAGGACCUCAUAGGACAUGGCGCAUUUGCAGUCGUCUUCAAAGGCAGACAUCGAGAGAAACAUGACUGGGAGGUGGCAGUCAAAUGCAUCAACAAAAAGAAUCUGGCUAAGUCCCAGACUCUGCUGGGGAAAGAGAUCAAAAUACUCAAGGAGCUGAAACAUGAAAACAUUGUUGCGUUACUGGACUUUCAGGAAACUGCCAGCUCAGUGUACCUGGUCAUGGAGUACUGCAAUGGGGGUGACCUUGCCGACUACCUACACUCCAAAGGCACACUGAGUGAGGACACCAUUCGGGUUUUUCUACAGCAGAUUGCAGGGGCCAUGAGGGUCCUGAAGGCCAAGGGCAUCAUCCACAGAGACCUGAAACCCCAGAACAUCCUGCUUUCCUAUCCAGCAGGACGCAAGUCGCACUCCAACAACACCUGCAUCAAGAUUGCUGACUUUGGUUUUGCCAGGCACCUUCAGAACAACAUGAUGGCAGCAACACUCUGUGGGUCUCCUAUGUACAUGGCUCCUGAGGUCAUCAUGUCCCAAAACUACGAUGCCAAGGCUGAUCUGUGGAGUAUAGGAACUAUAGUUUUUCAGUGUCUGACAGGAAAAGCACCUUUUCAGGCCAGCAGUCCUCAGGAUCUCCGGCUGUUCUAUGAAAAAAACAAGAACCUCAUCCCCAACAUCCCCAGAGAGACUUCCAGUCACCUUAGGCACCUGCUCCUGGGUCUGCUGCAGAGGAACCCCAAAGAUCGCAUGGACUUUGACGACUUCUUCCGUGAUCCUUUCCUGGAGGCCAGUUCAUCCAUGAAGAAGCUGACUCCAACUGUGACCAUGACCUGCUUCCCCAGCUCUGCCUCGGCUAGUUCCUGCAGCAGCUCCUCCACAUCUCACUUGGCCUCACCACCGCAGUCCCUGGCUGAGGUUCAGCAUUUGCGUGCCAAAGCUGUGGCUUCCCCUACCCAGGAGGCAACUGGGUUGUUCCUCAAGGAUUUCUCAGGAGGAGGUGGCAGCAGCAAGAACUCAUCUUCCUGUGAUACCGAUGACUUUGUCAUGGUGCCCGCUCACUUUAACACAGGUGAGCUGACAAGUGAGAGUAAAGUGCUGCAGGACAGCCUGAUGAACAGCGGGUCACUCCUGGCUUCUGCUGGUCUGUGUAGUCAAGCCAAAACACCACCACUCUCACCGUCCUUCAGUGGCUCUCCAAGUCCAAUCAGACUCACUGAGUUCUCGGGAAGUAACUAUGCUGGUAACUGCGGAAGCCAAGUUCACUCAUUACCGAUUCCAGUGCCCACUCAGGUCCAGAACUACCAGCGCAUGGAGCAGAAUCUCCAUUCCAUCAAACAGGAUGGCUCACCACGGACGUCAUCGUCUGUGCGUCGGUGCAGCAGCGGAAGCUCGUUGGCCUUUGCUCGGACCGGACCUUCCCCACCGUAUGGACAGGCACCGGUCACCACACCCACCACCACCUGCACUCGCCGACUCUCACUGGGAUGUGGCAGAACGUUUCAGCUCACACCUCAAGCUCCUCAGCUCACUGAGCCUCGUCCCAUUCCUCAUCAACACCCACAGACCGCAGCAGGACUGGGUACGCGGCUCCACAGUGCCCCCUGCCUGUUAGAGUUUGUCAGCGGCGGCGCGAGACAGAAAGUGAAGAAGCAGCACUCAGAUCCCAUGGGUAUCCCCUCACCAGGUCUGAUGACUCUCCGACCCUUACACUCCUCCCCAAGGCUAAGUGAGCUGAUACAGCGCAGCCCCCUUCCCACAAUCCUCGGCUCCCCUUCCAGGACCAUUCCUCCAUUUGAAUUCCCCAAGCCCCCCAGCUCUCCAAACCUCAUGACCUUCCUCAAUCAGCAGGGUUUGGUCAUGGGUUCUCCUCACAGCAGAACCGCACCAGCAGAACCACGAGAACCAGGGUCGCAGGCAUCAAGGCAGGUCACCCAUAGACUGAGCGAUGACACCAACAGCUUUGGAAGGUCUCAGAGUGCCGGUCGUUUGUCUGACAUGCUGCUGAUGGCAGCGUUUGGAGCAGGUGGAGCUGUUGGUGAACGUGGCAGCACAGAGAACCUGAUGCCUGAAAAAGCCAUAGAAAUUACAGUGCCCCCCAGUGUUGGGGUAGGACAUGUGCCUGCAUCCAGCAGCCCUGCACAGGUGGUGUUCACUGUGGGUUCUCCUCCUACCCCACCUCACUCCUCCAGACAGAGGAAGUACUCAGGCUCCUUUGUGUCAGUCAGCCCUGCGGGCUCCUACAACAGUCCGUACGCUCAGGCAGGUGCCUACCUGGAGGGCUUCGAGGCUCCUCCUAGUCCACGUUACAGCUUCACAGCCAACAUGGGGGGCCCUGUGACCUUUGAGGCUCCUGAACUGCCUGAGGAGACGCUGAUGGAGCAGGAGCACACAGACACAGUGCAGAGUCUGCGCUUCACGUUGGACUUUUCCCGCUGUCUGAUGGAGGUGGCUGGUGCCCGUGGGGCUGCAUUAGUGGGGGAGCAGGUGGAAGCUGCUCCUCCCUUCCUCCUGCAACAACAGCAGAGUCUGGUGGCAGAUCAGAUCAGUUCACUGAGCCGAGAGUGGAGUGAUGCAGAACAGCUGGUCCUCUACCUGAAGAUUGCAGAACUCCUGUCCACUGCCUUACACACAGCCAUGGAACGGGUCAAACAGGGCAAACUCUAUCCCUCUACCACAGUCAAACAAGUGCUAAGGAUGCUGAAUGAACUGUACAAGUCCAGUGUGACCUCCUGUCGCUCACUCAACACUCGCCUGGAGCGCUUCUUCUCCAGGAAGCAUCGUCUGAUGGACCAGAUCAGCUCCAUCACUGCAGAGAGGCUGCUCUUCAACCACACUGUGCAAAUGGUUCAGACUGCUGCGCUGGAUGAGAUGUUCCACCAGGGGGAAGCAUCACUCCUGCGUUACCACAAAGCCCUGCUGCUGAUGGAGGGUUUGUCUCUGCUGCUCACUGAGAAGGACGACCUGCUCAGUGUCAGCAAAUGUAAGGAGUGCAUUGAACGACGGCUCACAGCUUUGCAGUCCGGACUCUGUGUUUGAGCGUCCGUGUCUCACAGAGUGGAUACGAUGAGGUGCUCAUUCAUCCCACCAACCACAUUAACGUUGUUUCAACUUAGAGAUUAGCCUGCGUUCUCACAGGAAUCCCACGAAAAACCACAGGUUUUACUGAACCCACAAAGUUUGUGCUUUUCAGGUUUGUGGUCGAGCGGCACUGAUUUUGCUAACACUAAACACGCUAUGGGAUGGUGCUGGUCAUGAAGCAUGACAGCGCUCACGUGUCCAUUCUCCUGUCCACAUGUAAGAGGAGUUGGCUCCUGGCCACUGAGAAUGGUACAUCAUGCUACAGGAGUCAUCAUUAGAGAGCCUUACUCACACAGAACCUGCUGUUUAACCAAGCAGUGCCCGAAUAGAAGCUGAAAAAAAACCCACCCACCCUGCAAUAGACAAAUCUAUGGACAGACGUUAGAAUCGGUAGCUGGAGAGACGAGGAGAAUUUGUCUGCUGUUCAUCUAUACAGUAUAUGAACAUUUGUUAAUGAAGUCCUGGAAAGUUGACGCGUCGUUAUCACCUUUAUAUUGUUGUCUUUUCCCUUUUAUUUGCAUCAAUGGGUCAAUUUUUUCUGAUUCUAACUUUAUUUUAAUUUGUAUCGUAGACGUUGUGUAAGAAAUGGACGAGUUUGAGUUGUUGCAGAGAAAAAAAAUAGAAGUGCUCUUCUGCUUUUGGAAGUAAAACCGCAUUUAUGGAGAUCUACUUAUUUCCCUUUUAGUAUUUAUAGUGACGUUUAAAUGCCAGUGACUAGUUUUAGGUUCUCUUCAGAAAAACAUGAUUUAAUUGUUUCUGUUAUGUGUGCACACUAAAUGAUGAAGACUCAAAACAACAAAUUUUAAAAAAGUCUAGGGAAUGUGAACAGAUUCCAGGCUUAAAAAUUAAUAUUUAAUAUUAAUAUAAAUUUUUAAGAUACCGUAUUUCAAAUACAUAUGUUCACAUCAUACAUAUGUAUUUUUUUUUUUUUAUAUUAACCUUGACGAUGUUGUAAAACCUCCUUUCAGUGGAUAGGUCUCUGUCAACUACUCCACUCCAUCUACAUCAGCAGCUGCUGCUUCAAAUGUCCACUCUGUUUUAAAACACUAAUUCCAACAGGAAUAUAAAGUUAGUGGAAAAAUAAAAUAUACAAAAAUUUGCUUUGAUGACCUCCACACCAUAGCUGUGCGCCUCCCACUUUGGAGACCACUGAAUGUCACAAUGUGGUGGUCUUAUGUCGGUGGGCUAGCUCCAAAUCAAAUACAGUAUCAAGUAGAGUGUUUUUCUCUAACUUGGGUUUGGAGUGCGUUUACAAUCAUCAAUUGCCCACUGCUGCCCUUGGUAAUGGGUUAAAAGCAGAGGCUCAGUUUCAUUGUAUGCCCGUGGUACAAUGACAAUGCAGACCAUAAAAUAAAUUAAAUAAAUUAUCACGAUAAACAAUUAAAUUCAAAACUCCAUGGAAAUUGAAUUUAGUUUGAUUUGUCUCGAUGGGAUAUGAAUUAACCAAACAUAUUUAUUGUAGAAGAUCUGAAACAGUGUUGACAUAUUUAUGAAUCUCCUGAGAUGUAUCCUGAUUUCUUUUAUAAUUUAUUCCCAUUAUGUUGCUUCCAAAACCAGUGAACAUGUCUGGUCAUUUCUGCUGCAGCUCCUCUGACACCCACAUCCACUUUCUUUUGUACCUUCUGUGCUUGUUAUUUGCUUGCUUAAAGAAUGCACAUAUGGAGAAGUGAUACUUUGAGGAAGAAGUGCAGACAGGCACUGUCAAACAACCUUUGCCAAAAUGACUUUUUUUGCUUUUGCAGUAUGUUUUAUCUGAGUUUUACUGUGGUAUUUGUGACGGUGUGGAAGAGAAAUGUCCUUUGUUUGACACUUUACCAAGUUCUUUACUUGCUAGAUUUUAAAGAAGACCAAGUCCAGAUGGAUUUAAGUGGCAGGUAGAAAAUUCGCCCUCCACUCAGCUGAGCUCAUCAUGUUGACAGAAGCUUACGUUGAUUCAUUGUCAUCUGUCUUUUUCUAUGUUUUUUGUCUCAGCAGCGCUGGUUGUGUGUGUGUGCGUGCGUGUGUGUGUGCAGCACACUUUGAAUGUAAACCCGCCAGGAGACAGAGACUCAUCAAAUAUCAUCCGAAUGUUAGAGAACUAUGGUCUCGUCUGAUCCCAUGUCAAUGGUCCAAAUAUUUUUGCACUGUUAAUGUACUGUAUAGAAUGGUUUUCAGAGUGAAACUACAUAAUUUAUAGUAAUACCUAGACAGAUGGGCUGAUUUAGAGAGAUUUAGUGCAGUUUUAGUUGAGUGUACUCAUCACUAUCUGAGGGUACUGUGUGUGUUUGUGUGUGUGUUAGAUGAGCUUGAGUGACAACAAAGAGAUGGUAUAAGCUACAAAACCUUGAAAGGAUUUUCUUUCAGGGAAAAUAAAGGAAGAAAAUGUGCUUUACACUGAAAAAAGAUCUGAUUUGUGUUGGUUAUAUGUUUUAUUUCAGAUCAGUCAGUAGCUGACGAUUGUGUUGGACUUAAAAAAAGUGUUUUGUUGAUUUGGAGUGCAGUUGUUGAUGUAUUCACCUUUAACCUUUGCUAGAUGAUGGGCCAACACAGGAGAGUGAUCUUGUGUGUGCAUGCCUGCGUGCGUGUGGCAGUGUUGCCAGAUGUAUUAACAUGCUACAGGAAAGAGCCGAUGAUGUCCCUCUUUUAAUGAGGUUUGAAUGGUUUAGGACUACAUGUGGUGUUAGACUCUGGGUACGAUCACAGUUCUACAUGAUUGAAACUGAAGCUUAUGAAAAUCCAAUGUUUCUUUCUUUUCAGUUCAAUGUUGUUAUUUUAGAAUUCAAGGUUUUUGAAAUCUGAGAUCCUUCACCCUCCAUUAUCUGUCAGCCCACAAUAAUGGAGGGUGAAGGAGGUGGUUUUGAACCUUUGUGUGUUUUUUGUAUGUGUGCACAUUCCUUUAAUCAUGUUAACCACAGGGCACGUGACAUGUGUAAGAAAUGGACAAACCUCCAAUGAAUUUGUAGUCAACCCCUCCAAAAAAAUGGGUUUGAACUGAGGAAAAUUGGGCAAUUUAUAUGGGGCAUUAUAAAUUCAGUGAUUUGUGUCAUGAAAGGUUCAUAGUGUUGGUCAAUUUUGUCAGUUAUUCUUUAAAGCAGGGGUUCUCAACCACUGGUCUGCGGACCGCUAACAGUCUCAGGGACAUUUGGUAGUGGUCCACAGUGAAAGAAUUGAUCAUUUUCUUCACUUAGACACAACAAAGGUAUAACAAGGGCUGAGGGGCACUGCUACAAAGUUACUCAGAUUGUUAAAUAACCCAGGAAAUUACAUUACGCUUUGUAAUGUUUCAGCCUGCAAUCAGGCAGUUAACGCAUGGUUAUGAUGUGCUCGUCAUUUAGGACCUGACAAAAAUUUAAAUGUGUUUCAGGUUUGGUUCCGUGACCUUUCCUGGGCUUUCUGUUUGAAUGUAAACACAUUAAUCCAGGAGAAUAUAUAAAACAUACAACUCUGGCAUUAUGCUAACAGAAGAACUGCAGUUAGCAACUAAACAUGCUUAAAAAUGACUGAGAUAUUGCCUUAUAUUUUAUCCUAGUUUCUUCACCCAGUAUUUCAUCAUCCAACCACAGUUUUUACCCAGGAGGCUUUGUCCAUUUCUUACAUACAGUCUACGAUCUCUACACAUGCUGUUCUGUCCAGUUUGGUGACAAUGAAACAGGUAGCAGAACUUUUUUGACACUUUCUGACACGUGCUAUCAUUUCUCUACAAUCAGCGCUGCGUCGGUCACCGUCGUCCUCACGUUCAUUAUCCGAUUCAGAAGCGAGACGACAGUCUGUGCAGCAAAUGACAAAUUCAAAGGUUGUUUCAGGGAGAUAAGCAGCUCUCUGUUCUGCUCAAGUGUCCCUCGGGUUGUUUGUCAAAACUAUCACGUAAAGGUCAACAGAAGUGGAACCGGAACGGAGAUCUGAGUUGGCUUUGGCUGUGUGCAAUCCUGCAGUUCACUUGUCGCUGAGAAUGUACCUAAUGUUCACUUUUCUGUUUUAGUUUGAGUAAAUAUUGUAAAUUAACUUAUUGUCCUGAUUGUACAUAUGCGACGCAGCGGGUGUUGAAAGAGACUGGUGGAAUCAUAGCACCUGCACAUUUCCAAAGAGAGCGCCCUCUGCUGAUCUUCACUGUCCUUUCCUGUCACUCAUGCAGUUUCAUGCUGUUUUCACAACAGACACAGACUAUGUUAGUGUCGCUAUGUGAUGUAACCUUUACUGUCUGCAAAUUACAACAUGAAUAAAGUGGAGGACAGGUGGCUUGUCUUUGAAA